AUGCUCUGGGCAUACCGCAGCCCUGCAGUAUUCGCCACCUUCCCACUCAUCUUGAGCCGCUUUCCCCGUCUCCCCCCUCACAAUCCCCACACUCACCUCCACCCCCUUGGCCGUGCGCAGGGCAUUCUCUUUGUGUGGCCGGACAGUGCCUCAGCGGAAGAGGCGGAGCGCACGGCCAUCUUCGAGCCCGAGGGAGUGGACUGGUCCGCCUUUGACGUGGCGCUGUAUGCACGGCGUCUGCCCUACAGCUACGAGAUGAGAUGA